AUGCACGUCUCCGCGCUGAGUAUCGUUGCCGCCCUGGCGGGCACAGCCGUCGGGCUGGCUGUGCCUCACACCCACGCCGUGCAUGAGCGCCGCCGUCUGCCUCAUCCGCGCAUCAACAAGCGCAUGUCGUCUGACGCGGUCCUGCCCAUGCGCGUCGGGCUCAAGGCCAAUUCUGCCGCCCUCCAGUCUGCCGAGGAGUGGCUGAUGGAGGUCUCGCACCCGGCCUCGCCCAAGUACGGACAGCACUGGACUUCGGACGAGGUGAUUGAGGCUUUCAGCCCCUCGAGCGAGACGGUAGACACUGUCGCCGCUUGGCUUGCUGAGUCUGGAAUUGGAAAGGAGAGGAUCACGCACAGCGACAACAAAGCGUGGUUUGCUUUCGAGGCGACGGUGGAGGAGGCCGAGAAGCUGCUGCAUACCGAGUACUUCCACGACGGUAUUGAGGAGGACCGUGGCUCUAUGGUUGGAUGCAAUGAGUACCAUCUGCCUAAGCACAUUCAGGAGCACGUGGACUAUGUGACGCCAGGUGUGAAGGGAACCAUGAUGGACCUGCACCCUACGAGCCAGUGGAAGCGGAAUGCGCAGCGAAAGAGGAGCUCGGACACUCAUCAGGGCAGCAAGCUCAUGCCACAGGACGAAAAGUUCAGAACUGUGUCUCGUGCUCUGGCUGAGAAUUUCACUUUGGCUACUUGCGACGAGUAUAUUACUCCUGAGUGCAUUCGAGCCCUGUACAACUUCUCAGCGCCCAACCCCAACGCGACAGUUUCGUCCAACAACUCGCUGGGUAUCUUCGAGGAGGGUGACUUCUACAACCAGGAUGACUUCGACGAGUUUUUCACGACAUUCACGCCGUAUAUACCGAACGGCACACACCCGAUUCCGAACUUUAUCGAUGGUGCUGUGGCCCCUAUCAAGGUUCAAGCUCUUGCUGGCGGUGAAAGCGACCUCGACUUUGAGCUGGCGUAUCCCAUCAUUUACCCCCAGACAACAACAUUAUACCAGACGGACGAUCUCUACUAUGCUGAAGGUGGUUCCUACGGCAUUUUCAACACCUUCCUUGAUGCGCUUGAUGGCAGCUAUUGCAACUACUCUGCCUACGGCGAGACGGGCGACGACCCAACGCUCGACCCAGUCUACCCAGAUCCUCACCCUGGUGGCUACAAGGGCGACCUGAUGUGCGGAGUCUACCAGCCCACUAACGUCAUCACCAUCUCCUACGGUGUAUACGAGAAUGAUCUGCCAUACUACUACCAGGAGCGCCAGUGCAACGAGUUCCUCAAGCUUGGCCUUCAGGGCGUGUCCAUCUUCGUGGCCAGUGGUGACACUGGUGUGGGCGGUUAUCCUGACGGCACGUAUGGCGAUGGGCCUUACUACGGCUGCCUCCGAGACGACGACGUCUUUGCACCGACGCAGCCCAACAGCUGUCCCUGGCUGACAAACGUUGGCGCUACCGAGGUGUUCCCUGGAAAGACUGUCGAUGAGCCCGAGAGCGCCGUCUUGGAUCUGUCGGCCUCCUUCAACUACAGCAGCAGCGGUGGCUUUUCCAACAUCUUUGGCAUCCCCAGCUACCAGGCAGAUGCCGUCGCCACCUACUUUGCCGACCACAACCCGCCCUACCCGUAUUACUACGACGGUAACUACCUCAAUGCCACCAACGGCGGGCUGUACAACCGCAACGGACGAGGCAUCCCAGAUGUGGCUGCAAAUGGCCUCAACAUCGCCCUCUACGUGGGUGGUGAGUUCGGGCUCGAGGGAGGCACCUCGGCCUCGAGUCCCAUCUUUGCCUCAUUGGUCAAUAGGAUCGUGGAGGAGCGCCUCGCGGUCGGCAAGGGUCCUCUGGGCUUCAUCAACCCCACUCUAUACACGAACCCGCAGGUGCUGAACGAUAUCACCAACGGUACGAACCCAGGAUGUGGCACCGAUGGGUUCGAGGCUGCUACUGGGUGGGACCCCGUCACUGGACUGGGAACACCCAACUAUCCUAAGAUGCUUGAGCUGUUUUUGAGUCUUCCUUAG